GCAUCAAAUAAAUACUUUGUAAUGUGUGUUGGCUAGAACUAGCCUCCUGGUCAGCUCAGUUGGUUAGAGCACCGUGCUAGUGUUCCGGCUGUCGUGGGUUGGAGCCCCACACCGUGCACACUUUUCCUCUAAGGAAUAUGGAUAUCUUCAGAAAAGUUGUGUAUAGGAAUUUGACGUUUUCAAGAAUAAAAUGUCUCAGAAACUCGGCGAGGAAUUUUUCUUGUAGCAGUUUAAUGCAGUACAAAUGGGAACCAGAUGAUCUUGUGACUGAACCGGAGAUUCCUGAGUACCCUGGCGUUCUCAUCAAGAUGAAGGGUUAUGAUUUCCGCGUUCUCGAGUCCUAUGCCAAAUUUGUGUUCAGAACUGCGAGUAUGUUGGACCCUGAAGUAGGGAGGUGGGCCCUUCCUCCCCAGAAGAUGGAGAUGCAGACAUUAAAACCCAAUUCUACGACAGUAGUAGAAACCUGCCACCUGAAUAUCUACGAGAGGGUUGUCGAGUUACAGAAUCUGCCGUCCCCAAAACUACCUCCCCUGUUGGACAUGAUCUGCAGUCACAUACCAGAGGGUGUGAAUGUGUCAGUGAAAGAGGCAACAAAUGAAGACUAUGAGGCGAGAUAUGUUCCAGACCAUACAAGACAGAAGCUUCAAUCUGCCCUUGAAGAAUUACCAACACGUGGAAAAUCUUAGAUCUAACUAUAAUGGAUUUCAAUGUUUUUGUUAGAUGUAAUAAAUGAGACAUAGACUCUA